UCCCUCCCAUCCGGGUCGGUGGCGGCGGGGCGAUGCCGCUGGUAGUGCUGUGCGGGCGGCCCGGCAGCGGCAAGAGCCGGCGGGCGGCGGAGCUGCGGGAUGCGCUGGGCGGCCCCGAGCGCGCCGCGCACGUCGUGUCCGAGGCGGAGGGCGGGCGGGCGGCGCUGCGGGCCGAGGUGGAGCGGCGGCUGAGCCGGCGGGACGUGGUGAUCGUGGACGCGGGCAACGAGCUGCGGAGCAUCCGCUACGAGCUGUACUGCGCGGCGCGGCAGGCGGGCACGGCCCGCUGCCUCCUGCACUGCGCCGGCGGCGGGGGCGGCCCCGACGAGCCGCCCUUCGAGGAGCCCGACCCGGGCUGCCGCUGGGACCGGCCGCUGUUCACGGUGAGCGGGGAGGAGCCGCUGCCGCUGGGCGACAUCCGCGCCGCGCUGUUCGAGAGCGCCCCGCCGCCCCCGCACCGCUCCACCCGCGCACAGCCCCUGCAGUCCGGGGAGUUCCUGCACCGCCUGGACCGCGUCACGCAGGACGUGCUGGCCGCCGUGAUGGCCGCGCAGAGCGGCGGGGCGCUGCCCGGAGACACGGUCCGCGUCCCCGGCCUGGCCGAGGGGCUGGUGCUGAGCCGGCCCGUGAGCCUGGCCGAGCUGAGCCGGCUGCGCAGGCAGUUCAUCAGCUACACCAAGAUGCAGCCCAGCGAUGAGAACAUGGCCCAGCUGGCCAGCAUGUUCUUGCAGUACCUGAGCCGCAGCAUCCAGUGAACCAGUGGCAGCGGCCGUGGUCGUCGAAGUACUUGCUACAGUAAGAACACGCCUUCCAGACGGAGACCCUGAAAAGCCUGGAUCCCACCUGUCGUGUAUCGGAUAUUUGGCAGCAGCAGCUCUGGGUGCCGUGUCCCUGCAGCAGCCGAGCAGACUAUUUCUGAGAGAAUCUGUAGGGAUACAUUUCCCCACACCCCUGAAUUCUCCCCAUCAGAAAGGAGUGCAAGUGUUGCAUCCCCAAGCAAAUGAAGUCUCCUGUGGAGACAUAAACCUCAGUAAUAAAGUAGUAUGUGAAUAUGAAAGCCCAAAAGGUGAUGACUGUGUCUUCAAUAAGAAGAUUGUUUUUCCAGGGCUGCCUCCAGAUAAUGUCAAACUGAAGAAGAAACUUCAGGUCCAGAAUUAGAACAGGCUGUGUUUUAGGAUGUGACUGUUUCAAAAAAUCUGACCGAACCCAAGAGAGAUUUGCAGCUCUGCACUGCAAAAGGAUGCAGGCUUAGCAAACUCAAACUCAAACAUUUUAUUUAUCAAUAAAAUGUGUGCCUUAAAUGGACUAAACUCUUAAUUUAUCUGCAGGACUGUUUUACUGAAAUAACUUGUCAUGUCUUUUCUCUGCAAGGUCAUCAUUAAACACCUUUAAAAACA